UCCUCACGCCCGCAGUCUGCGAUCGCUCCAGUGGCUUCGGCUCUUCGCCUGGGCCUCUAGUGGAGGCCAACAGGAGCCCAAGGAGGAAGGAAGGAUCUUGCCAUCAUUCUGAAAGUUUUUCCCCCUCUUCCUCUCUUCUUUGCUCCGCAGUGGUGAGAGCCGGGAGGGGGCGACGUUGGUGGCACCGGAGCCGCGACUGGACUGCCUGCCUGCCUGCCUGGGGACAGGGACUGCGGUCGCCCACAGCUCUUCUCCGCGGACCUCUCGUCCCGAGUGGGUGCGCGGAGCCAUGGAGGGCGCGGACCUGGCGGGGAAGAUCUUGUCCACCUGGCUGACUCUGGUGCUCAGCCUCAUCCUGUUGCCUUCGGCCUUCGGAGUAUCUCUGGGCAUCUCUGAACUUUACAUGAAGAUCCUGGUGAAAACUUUAGAGUGGGCCACAAUACGAAUUGAAAAAGGAACCCCAAAAGAAUCGGUGCUUAAAAAUUCAGCUUCUGUUGGUAUUAUCCAAAGAGAUGAGUCACCCAUGGAGAAAGGACUCUCUGGUCUGCGAGGAAGGGACUUUGAGUUAUCUGAUGUGUUUUAUUUUUCCAAGAAGGGAUUUGAAGCCAUAGUAGAAGAUGAAGUGACCCAGAGAUUCUCCUCAGAGGAGCUAGUGUCAUGGAAUCUCCUCACAAGAACUAACGUCAACUUCCAGUACAUCAGUCCAAGGCUCACUAUGGUGUGGGUGCUGGGUGUCCUAGUACGCUAUUGUGUUCUUCUACCCCUGCGGGUUACCCUGGCUUUCAUUGGAAUCAGUUUGCUGGUUAUAGGAACAACACUGGUUGGGCAGCUGCCAGAUGGCAGCAUCAAAAGCUGGCUGAGUGAGCUGGUGCAUCUGACUUGCUGCCGCAUCUGUGUUCGAUCCCUCUCUGGCACCAUUCAUUACCAUAACAAGCAGUACAGACCCCGGAAGGGAGGCAUCUGCGUGGCCAACCACACUUCUCCCAUAGACGUUUUGAUCUUAGCAACGGAUGGAUGUUAUGCUAUGGUUGGCCAGGUUCAUGGUGGGUUAAUGGGAAUUAUUCAGAGAGCAAUGGUCAAAGCCUGUCCACAUGUCUGGUUUGAGCGCUCAGAAAUGAAGGAUCGACACCUGGUUACUAAGCGAUUAAAAGAACAUGUUGCUGAUAAAAAAAAGUUACCUAUAUUAAUCUUUCCUGAAGGAACCUGUAUCAAUAAUACUUCCGUCAUGAUGUUCAAAAAGGGGAGCUUUGAAAUUGGAGGAACCAUAUAUCCAGUCGCAAUGAAGUAUAACCCUCAGUUUGGGGAUGCCUUUUGGAACAGUAGCAAAUACAACAUGGUGAGCUACUUGCUUCGUAUAAUGACCAGCUGGGCCAUCGUCUGUGAUGUGUGGUACAUGCCCUCCAUGACCAAAGAGGAAGGAGAAGAUGCAGUCCAAUUUGCUAACAGGGUUAAGUCUGCUAUUGCUGUGCAAGGAGGAUUGACUGAACUUCCCUGGGAUGGAGGGCUGAAAAGGGCAAAGGUGAAAGAUACCUUUAAAGAAGAGCAGCAGAAGAAUUACAGCAAGAUGAUCGUGGGCAAUGGAUGUCUCAACUCAGAAUCGGACUGACACUCCCUGUAGAUAAACUCAGCUUCCCAGAACUAGCCCACAGAAACGGAAGGGUAUCCCCCACCCCAGGAUUUUGCUUUAUUUAAUUGUUUAUUGUUAAUCUUUUCUACAUGAUGAUUGUCUCUACCUCUUUGUGCCAGAGGCAGAACUUCCAGGUGCCCUUUUUGGCUUUUGUUAGAGCAUCAGCCCCCUGAAUUACAAGAUAGUUUUCUGAGUUCGAGCUGAGUCUGCCUUUUAUGACAGUGUCAUUGGUGGUUAAAUGAAAUAUUUGCGUGGGGGAAAAUGCUUCUCCGGUGUGACUGGAACAUAUGGACAGGGUCAUUGGAUCAUUUGGGCUCUAUUGCCCAAAUUCUGUCUUCAUAAUUUGCUUUCGCUCUCCCUCCCAGCACCUAAUGGUGGCACUCUAUGUCUAUGUGGGGUUUAACAUUAUGGUGACAUUCUACUGGAAGGUUGAAAAGAAAAUUACAAGGUUGUCAUGAAGGAUAAAGACACCUUGAGAACCACCAGAUCAGAAAGUGGAAAGGAAAUAUAAAAUAUUUUUUACUAGUGGAUUAGAAGAGAAAUCAAUGAUAAGCCUCUCCCUAAAAAAUUACAUGGAAGUAAAUGUGUGUGUGUGUGUGUGUGUGUAUAUUAUGUAUAUUGCAACUCACAACACAUUUCAGCAAUAUCAGUGAUAAUGAGCUUAGUUUUUCUUGAGUAUAUAUGUUAGUGAUCCCUUCCAGUCUACUGAUUUUCUUGUCUUGGUAGCCAAACAUUUUAAAAUAGAAAGAGCCUAUUUAAAAAAUAAAACAUUGAAGGGCUGGGAAGGUGGC